AUGAUUUUGGCCAGCAGUCGCAAGCAGUUCGUGGGCAGUGCCGUGGUCACAACUCGUCCUGGGGCAAACAAGACGCUGGCCCUGAAGGACCGUGGUGCCCUGUGGGAACCGCAAGCAACACACACCCAUGUUACUGACAAGGCUGGGCUGAAGACUCAUCAGUGCCGACUCAGCCGGACGAUCAAGGAUGCAAAUCGGCCCGCUGAUCGAGAUCCCUAUGGCAGCCACCGGGAGCUGCAACAAAUGCUGCAUGUACUGGGCUGA